AGGGGCUGGUAGCACCCACACAAGGGAAAUCCCCCUGAACAAAUCCUCGUGGAAGAUAAUUAUUGUCUCUAGUUUCUAGCUAUAUGGUAAUGGCCUUGAACCUCCGCUCCAUCUUUCUAACCGUCUCGUACCCUUUGCGGAGAGUUGGACUUCGUUUCUACGCCAAGAAUCCACUGGAGAACAGAUCACUGGACACUCUACUCGGCUCCGUGGGGGGUGGCAGGGGAGGUCGAGGUGGGCGGGGCCGUAAGAAAGGUGGCAAGAAAGCGAUCAGACUCCAGCAACAAGUAGAACUCGGGAGUGGUAGGAACAACGUACGCUGGGCUGGUCUUAGUCACCCACUCGCCUCUGGUCGCCAUCGUUACGGACCACAAUGGUUAGACACGCACGACUUUGGUAGCACGCAAGUACCUGAAGGACAGGACGCAUCUGAAGAGAGUAUUCUAGAUGCUCGACAAUUAGAAGGUCCCUCAGGUCAAAGGUUACCGUUGUCAAUGCUUAAUUGGAGCAGGACAGGAUGGAGUGGGCGUUCGUGGGGUGGGCGAUAUGUUGGUUGCCCUGAGUUACCUGAUGGAACACCCCUCACGGACUUCUCAUCCACUGUGAUUGAGUUGAAGCGUGUAGCUAACCAAACAAAGGCCGGGAAAAAACGAACCAUUAGUUGUCUUGUUGUCGUUGGUAACGGAAACGGAGUUGCUGGUUAUGCUGUUGGAAGAGGGGAGGAAAUCAGAGCGGCCAUUCGUAAAGCCAAGAACAAAGCUGUUAAUGCUCUACAGUACAUCCCUCGCUAUGGCGACCACACUGUGUACCAUAAUGUACGCGUCAAGUAUUGCCGUACUAAUAUUCUAAUGGAGAGGCAAGUGGCUGGUUCUGGGUUGAGAUGUCAGAGAGCUAUACACGCUAUCUGUGCUCUGGUAGGAAUCAAAGACUUGAGAGCAAAGAUAAUAGGAUCCACUAAUCUUCUGAAUGUUGUCCAUGCUGCAAUGAAGGGGCUGACAAGUCAAGAGACGCAUCAAUCAUUGGCUGAUGAGGAGGAGAGGUUUCUGGUGGAGUUCCAUCAAGAGUGCGGUGGGAGACCACUUGUGUCUAGCAUACCCAAGACCCUCCACACGCACGACAAUGUCAACUCUUUGAAGAACAUGCAAUUAUUACGUGUCUAGUGUGUACUUGGCUAUUGUAUGAUUAUUGAUUCAUUCUUCCAUUGUGCACGUGCUACUAUUGUCAUGAAUCGUUUAAAAAUAAUUAUUGCGAUGUCAACUUUC